GAAGCAGAAAAUGUCUGCGAGGCAACAGAAGUGUAUCUUUUUAAUGCAAAACAACGGGCUUUUGGUUUUCACUGCUUUAUAUAUACCGAUGAUUUAUUAAAUAGAGCCGACAAUUUGUUGCCUAACGAUGAGCUGACGAUUGUUUGCGAGAUUGGCGAGGUGAACGCCGUUAAUAUCUCUGACGAAUCGAAAAACGUAAAGAGUAAAUUGAUCGAAGACGAAUUGAGUAAAAAUCUUGGAAAUCUAUUCGUGAAUGAAAAAUGCAGCGAUGUGGCAUUGGUUGUAGGUGAAAAUGAACUCAAGGCUCACAAACUUAUACUAUCUGCUCGUAGCGAGGUUUUUGCUGCUAUGUUUGAACACGAAAUGGAGGAAAGCAAACUCAACCGUGUCGUCAUAACCGAUAUCCACCAGGAAGUGCUCAAGGAAAUGUUAAAUUUCAUCUACACGGGCAAGGUGUUUAAUUUGAAUAAAUUGGCCCAGGGUUUGCUGGCCGCUGCUGAUAAGUAUGCUUUAGAAGGACUUAAAAUGAUGUGUGAAGGGGCUCUUAGCGUAAACCUUUCCGCAGAAAACGCUGUCGAAAUCCUAAUUUUGGCUGAUCUACACAGUGCCGCCCAAUUGAAAGCUCAAACUAUAGCUUUCAUCAAAAC